GUUUGGUCUGAAGUAUAAGUAGUACACAGGGAAAUAAUGGAGUACAGGUUAGGGGGUGGGUCUGGUCCAGAUUUUGAUAUUAUUAGUGUUUGGGAAACAUUGAAAGAUUGACAUGCUAGACUCCCCACCUCAGUCUGUCUCUCCCAGCACCCAUUGUUCUCUUUUCCCAGCUGUACUAGGCUAUGUACUAGGAAGUGAGGUGAUAAGGGAAUUGGGGGUGGGUAUUUUAGUCUUUUACAUAAUUUCUUAUGUUUUAGCUUGGUAACUCUUCUUUCCUUGUUCCAUUGUGUCUGGAUCCUUGUGUCAGAAUGGGGUGUGCUCUCAUGGGGAGGGAGUAUAGGGAAUUGGGGGUCUGAUGGUUCCUUACAUGGAUGUCAGGCAGGCCCCUUGCUUUCAGCCCAUUGUGCUACCCUCCAAAGAAGUUGGUGCCUCCAAUUCGAAGCCCUUCUGGGCUUCUGUGGGCUUGGCUUAUUGGCUUGCCUUCUGCAUCCGCUCUCCGUCCCCGCCCCGCUCCCAGCCUUGGGCUUCCUUGUCCUGUGUCAUUUACCACGCUAUCUGCUUUCACUAUUUGGGCUUUCACCUGCCUUCUGGUUUUGUCAAAGAUAGGUGUUUCUGUUUCCCUUUAUUGUCGUUUUGGGGUGAAUUUUGAGGGUGAAACUUCAGACUAGAAAUCCCAUUCUUCAUCAUUGUCUAGCACUUAGUGGAGUUUUCUCCCUUUCUAAUACUUGGUAGGCUCUUGUUAGCUUGCCAGAGAACUAACAAGAUAGUGGAACAGUGGAGAUAUAUACAACAGAACAUGGGUGGCUGGUUAAUUAUGGGGGUCACAGCAGGAGGAGCCUUAAGGAAGGUUUUUUUUUUUUUUUUUUUUAAGCUUUGGAGCUUUGUAAUAAUUGAUGCUAUCCUAUCCUUGUUUUUUGAGUAGCUGUCGUUAGAUUUGCUUGUAACAUGUUACAGAGGUCAACAAUUGGCCUGCAUUUCUAUAUAGAUACUUUUAUUAGCACUAUCUCCAUUCUUGGAACUUGACAGAAUGAUUUUAAGAGCUUCACUCAUAAGAGUGAGGAGGACAUGUAUCGUGCUGCAGAUGAAAUAGAAAAGGAGAAAGAAUUGCUUGUACCUGAAAGAGGGGCAUCAGAACCCAGGUUAAGUGUGGCUCCUGAAAUGGAUAUUAUGGACUACUGCAAAAAAGAAUGGAGGGGAAAUACGCAAAAAGCAACAUGUAUGAAAAAGGGCUAUGAGGAGGUUUCUCAGAGAUUCACCUCCAUAAGGCGAGUCCGUGGUGAUAAUUACUGUGCAUUGAGGGCCACACUGUUCCAGGCCAUGAGCCAGGCAGCGGAGCUGCCCCACUGGCUGCAGGACCCGGAGCUCAUAUUGUUACCAGAAAAACUCAUAAGCAAAUAUAGCUGGAUCAAGCAGUGGAAACUUGGACCGAAAUUUGAUGGGAACAGUGAGGACCUGGUUGAUAUAAUUAUGGAUUCCCUCACUCUGCUAAGGAAGAAGUGGACAGGCUUGGCUGAAAUGAGAACUGCUGAAGCAAGGCAGAUAGCUUGUGAUGAACUGUUCACAAAUGAAGAAGAGGAAUAUAGCCUCUAUGAAGCUGUAAAAUUUCUAAUGCUAAACAGAGCCAUUGAACUGUAUAAUGAUAAAGAGAAAGGAAAGGAAGUACCAUUUUUCUCUGUGCUCCUGUUUGCUCGGGACACAUCGAAUGACCCUGGACAGCUGUUGAGGAACCACCUAAACCAGGUGGGACAUACUGGUGGCCUUGAACAGGUUGAAAUGUUCCUCCUUGCCUACGCAGUGCGCCACACCAUCCAGGUGUACCGGCUCUCCAAGUACAACACCGAAGAGUUUGUUACAGUCUACCCCACCGACCCACCCAGGGACUGGCCAGUGGUCACUCUCAUCGCCGAGGAUGAUCGGCACUAUAACAUCCCCGUCAGAUUGUGUGAGGAGACGAGUCUGUGAGAGACACGCACCCGGACAGCCUAGCAACAUGACCAAGGUGCACAGGCAGCUACUGGGCUUGGGCCUCAGGCCUGUGGGUCUCUAGGAAUAAUCUCUGGGAACUCUUGGGCCCCUGGAAGCUGAGUGGGACUGGGAUGUUCUGAAGACUGGCUUUUGAUAAUAAGAAUUAACCAAA